UUAAUCAAACAUCAUCAUCAUCAUCAUCAUUGACUGUGAUGACCAACAAUAACAACAACAAAAAUGAUGAAAUUGAUCCAUCAUCAUCUUCAUCAGUGAUUUCAGCUUUAAAUCAACCAAUAUUUUAUUUAUUACAAACAAAACAUGAAGAUUUAUCAAUUAUCGAAACAAAUACUUUAAAAUCAUCAACUGAAAUAACAACAAUCGAUACGAAUACAUUAUAUUUUGCUAAUUCAAGUGAUCUAGAAUUAGCAUUAGGUCCAUCACGUGAUUCAAAUUAUAUUGUUAUCUUAAUGACUAUUGUUUAUAUUGCAAUAUUAAUUACCGGUGUAUCGGGUAAUCUUAUUACUUGUUUAGUAAUUGCAAGAAAACGUUAUCUACAUACGGCAACAAAUUAUUAUCUAUUUAGUUUAGCUGUUUCAGAUUUAUUAUUAUUAAUACUUGGUCUACCACAUGAUCUAGUAUUAUUAUGGCAAAAAUAUCCAUAUGCAUUUAGUGAAUGGUUUUGUAUAAUACGUGGUCUAUCAUCUGAAUUAUCAACAAAUGCAUCAAUAUUAACAAUUAUUGCAUUUACAAUCGAAAGAUAUAUUGCUAUUUGUCAUCCAUUACGUUCACAUACAACAUUAAAAUUGGCACGUGUUGUUAAAACUAUAAUUAUUAUUUGGAUUAUAAGUGCACUUUGUGCAUUACCAAUUGCAUAUGAAUUUGGUAUCGUUCAGGUUAUUGAUGAUGAAGGUCGACCAUUUCCCGGUAGUGAUCAAUGUGCCGUUAAACAUUUAUUAUAUGAAUAUAUAUUUGAAAUAGCAACAAUGGUAUUUUUUGUCAUACCAAUUUGUAUAAUAACUGUACUUUAUAUAUUGAUUGGUCUGAAAUUACGAGCUUCAUCUAAAAGUGUUCAUCAUACAACAACAACAAAUAAUAAUAAUAAAUAUCAUUAUCAACAAACAAAAUCAUAUAACGAAGAUGAUGAUGAUCAUGAUGAUGAUCAUGAUGAAUAUUCGAAUCGUAUAAAAAAUAAAAAUCGUAAAAGUUUUUUACAUGGUAGAUGGCGAUCAUCCGGUGGUAAAAAAGUUGAUGAUAUUGGUGGUGGUGGUGGUAGUGGUGGUGAAAAUCGAAUAAGAUUUUCAUUUCAUCAUCCUCAACAUAAUCAUCAUCAACAUCAAAAUCAUCAAUCAAAAAAUGCAAAAAAUCAAUUAUUAACAAUAUCCGGUUCGGAUAAUAUAAAUCCAAAUUUAAAUAUUGGAUCAUCAUCAUUAUCAUCUGUACAAUCAUCAUCACCAAUACAUUCAACAAACGGAAAUAAUGGUAAAAAUAGUGAUCAUCAACCAACAUCACCACAACCACAAUUACCAAUAAUAUCAUCAUCAUCAACAUCAUCACCAACAACAACAAAUGCAUUACAACAUUCAAUGUCCAUGUCGGUUCGACGACAGAAUGCAUCACGUCGUGCUGUUAUUAAAAUGCUUGUGGCCGUUGUAAUUGCAUUCUUUUUCUGUUAUUCACCAUUUCAUGCACAACGUGUUAUGGCUAUUGUAAUGGCACGUAAUAAUGUUAAAGAUGAAUAUUUUAUACAAAUAUUCACAUUAUUAACACAUAUAUCUGGUAUUACAUAUUAUCUAUCAUCAACAAUGAAUCCAAUAUUAUAUCAGAUUAUGUCAAAAAAAUUUCAAUUAGCAUUAAGAGAAACAUUACCAUGUUGUUUCUAUAUAUUUUGUUUUUUUCAUCAUCAACGUAAUCAUCGCAAUUAUCAUCAACGUAAUAUUAUUGGACAAUCAAAUGCAAGUGGUUAUCGUAAUUCAAAAUAUCAUCAUCGUCAUUCAAAACAACAACAACACCAUCAUCAACAACAACAACAAGAAAAAGAACAAUUUCGUUCAGAAACAUUACAAUCAAUUGAUGAUAAUACGAAUGUAGAAACAUUAUCAUCAUCAACAAAAUAUCAAAAACAACAACAACAAUCAUCGGCAAUAACAAAAACAAAUCCAAAUGAAUUGGAUUUAUCAAACUAUUGUAAUUCAUCAUCUAAUCGAUAAUAAUCAAAAUGAAAUCAUUUUUAUCAGUAAAAAAUUUGAAACAUUGGAAAAGAAAAUUCGUUACCACCGAGCCG